AUGUAGAAGAGACAAUUGGUAGAGGAUUUCGCAGAAUCUAAGUAUUUUGACAAUGAUGAUGAGAAAUUGACAAAUGAGCAAGUGAGGAAAAGAGAGAUGGAGCAAUUGAAAAAAGAUGAAGUACAGAAUGAUGAAUUGGACCCUUUGGACACUUAUAUGCAAGAUAUAGAGAAAUAGUAUUAAUAGGAUUUGGCUGAGCCAAAAAAGGUGAAAAAGUUUGAGGUUGAAUAAUUUGAGAAUGAAGACCCAAUCCUAUCAUAAUAUGAAAUAAUCAAAUAAAAUAAAUUGAAUUAAUAAAAAAAAUAAAAGCAGCAGAAUGGAGAAAGUGAGGAUUCAAUGCCAAGUGAUUUUGAAGUAGAUGAAAUAGAUGAGGUUGAGAAAAAGAAAAAAAACAUAGAACCCUUGCAACUACUUGAUCAUUCUUAAAUCUAAUAUGAGGAAUUCGAAUCAAAUUUCUAUUAAGAACACGAAGAAAUAGCCAAUUUAAAUGUAGCUCAAGUAGAAAAAAUAAAGCGAGAAUAUUAAAUCCAUGUUAAAGGCAAUAAUGUACCAAAACCAAUAAUAUCAUUUGGUCAUCUCUAAUUGGAUUAGAAACUAGUCAAUAAGAUAGUAGCUUAGAACUUUGAGAAACCAACUGCAAUUCAAAGUUAGGCUUUGCCAUGUGUAUUGUCAGGAAGAAACGUUAUUGGAGUAGCUAAAACAGGGUCUGGUAAAACUAUAGCAUAUGUUUGGCCAAUGCUUGUUCAUGUGAGUGCACAAAGGGCAGUAGAGAAAAAAGAAGGUCCUAUAGGAUUAGUAGUAGUACCCACAAGAGAAUUGGGAUAGUAAGUCUAUUUGGAAACUAAGAAAUAUGCUCAAUUAUUUCAAAUCAGUGUCAGCGCUCUAUUGGGAGGUGAAAAUAAGCAUCAUUAAUGGAAGGAAUUGAGAGCAGGAGUGGAUAUCAUCAUAGCUACUCCUGGUAGAUUGAUUGAGAUGGUAAAGAAGAAGGCGACGAAUUUACAGAGAUGCACCUACAUUGUUUUGGAUGAAGCUGAUUAGAUGUUUAGUUUAGGCUUUGAAUAUUAGAUCAGAUCAAUUAUAGGUCAAAUAAGACCAGAUAAAUAAAUAUUGUUAUUUACAGCAACGAUGAAAAAGAAGAUAAGAUAGUUAUGUGUAGAUAUGCUUAUUGAUCCUAUUGUUAUUACGAUUGGUGAGAAUGAAAAUUAAGUAAAUGAGGAUAUUAAAUAAUUACCAGUAAUUGUCGAUGAUGACGAAGGAAGAUUGAGGUGGCUAUUGUAGAAUUUGAAAACAUAUUUGUAAAAUGGCAAAGUAUUAAUAUUUGCAAAUUAAAUGGGAUAAUGUGAGUCAUUGCUUUCAGAAAUCAAAUAAAAAUUAGGCAUUUAGGGACUCACUCUUUAUGGUGAUAAAUUAUAAUACGAAAGAACUUUAAUCAUUAAUCAAUUCAAAUAACAUGUCCAUUUGUUAAUUGCUACAGACAUAGCAUCAAGGGGAUUGGACAUUAAGGAAAUAAGAACAGUCAUUAAUUACUUUCCUCCUAAAGAUGCAGAUAUAUACAUCCAUAGAAUUGGAAGAACAGGAAGAGCUGGAAAUUGUGAUGGCGUUGCGUAUUCUUUGGUGCAGAAAUAAGAUUGGAAAUUUGCAAUUAUGUUGGUUAGGAGUAUCGAAUUGGCAGGACAGAUUGUACCUCAAGAACUUGAAGAAAUUGCAAAUCUGGAUGAUCAUUUUAAAAUGGAUAGAAUGAAAAAGAAGAUGGGUUAUGAUUAUGCUAGAGGUAAAGAUGCUAGCAAGAUUCUUCAUUAGGCUCUUAAAAGGCAGACCAAUUCAAAGGCUGGAUUGGGAUUUGAUGAAUAGGAACCUAAGAAAUAGAAAAAGAUAUAAUAAUAAUAAUAGAAUAAUCCAGGCAAUCUAGAGACUCCAGUGAAAAUACUCCCUGUUGUUACCUUGGCUUAACCUACUAAGUCGAUUGGACAAUUUAGAAAUAAAUGGUAAGAUUUCAACCCUUAUGAAAAUUACGACAAUUAUGCUGCCACUGUUGCUGUGCCUGGAUAAUUAGAGAGGGAUUAAGUCAUUUAACAUUUUUAGGAAUAAAUGAGAGGGUAAUUCAGAGCUGGAUUCAAAUCUGGAGGUGUUGCUUAGACCACGAAUAAGAAACCCGUGGUUAAAUUUUUGAAUGAUCCUAAUAAUUAGUCUAAUUAGCAGCAGAAGAAAUAAUGA